GGUCCAGCUGCAGCAGAUCCACGGAGGAAGAAGAACAACAUGGUGAUGAAGUGAUCAAGUUCCUCCUGGUUAUUUCAUCAACUCAAAGAACGCAGCAGAUUUCGCUUCUUUUUUUGAAAAUGGCCGUUCGUGGCAACUCGCUGAUGCCUUUCUCGAUCCAAGCGAUCCUCAACAAGAAGGAGGACAGCCGACACUUGCCGGAUCUGGACAUGUGCUUCUCCAAGACGGCGUGCUGGAAAAUAUUUGGGGAGAUGAACGGCGGGUCCCGGAGGGAUGAUGGGGGGGCUUGUGAGCCUGCGGACCAGAAGAACUACGACUCGGACUCGGGACUCAGCGACGACAACGACAGCAACAAGCCUGCGGCCGUGUGUAAGUCCGAGAAGGACGGAGACGCUGCGUCCGAUGUCCCGGAGGAAAGUCUGCAGGAGGAGACGGACCAGGAGUCUCCAGCCGCCGAGAACCUGAAGAGCGACAGCGAGCCCAGUAACGCUGCGGACUCCUGCACCCUGGACGAGAAGAGUCCGGACCAGCCCAAGCAGCGGAAGAAGCGCUCCAGGGCCGCUUUCUCUCACGCGCAGGUCUUCGAGCUGGAGCGGCGCUUUAACCACCAGCGGUACCUGUCCGGGCCGGAGCGGGCCGACCUGGCGGCCUCCCUCAAGCUCACAGAGACUCAGGUCAAGAUCUGGUUCCAGAACCGGCGCUACAAGACGAAACGUCGCCAAAUGGCCGCAGAUCUGAUGGCGUCCACUCCUGCAGCCAAGAAGGUGGCGGUGAAGGUUCUGGUGCGGGACGACCAGAGACAGUACGGGCCCGGAGAGAUCCUGCGGCCCCCGCUGCUGUCCCUGCAGCCCUCCUACUACUACCCCUACGCCUACUGCCUCCCGGCCUGGACGCUCUCCGCCUGUGCGGGGAACCAGUGAGACCUCCGAGACUCUAUUUAUUCUUUUUGGAAAUCAAACUAUGACUUCUUCUCUGACAUGAGGAUAAAUCCUGAGGGGGACGAGUCGUCCAGACCAGAGACCCCCAAACUUUGUCCUCAAACACUUUCAUUUACUGGGUCUGACACGAGGAGCCCGCUGAAGAAGACUUUUCUUCAGAUUUAGGGUUUAAAUCAUAGUGUGUGACCUGACCCGGGAGAUGGACUCCCUCAGUAACUGUUAACCUCUGAGGAGAUAAUAAUAACUCUCAUAAUAACAUUAAAGUAUUCCUCUCUUUGCUCGGGAGCCCUCCAGGACCUCUGAAGCCCCCGGACCCCAGUCCGGGACCCGGCGGCCUGAACCAGACUGAACAUGUCCCCUUAUGUCGGUUAAUAACGCCUUCCUACCUCUGCAGUGAUUGGAAAUAGGCUGAUUCCAUUGACUUUCAUAUAAACUGUUACAGGUUGUGUUUUUUCUUUUGUUGCUGUGUUUGUAAAGGUAAGAUGAUAUUUCAGCACUUUGAGCUAUAACAUACGUUACAUGACGUCAAUGUAAAAUACAUGAUAGUGGGCAGACUGGGCAGACUGGGAGGACUGGGAGGACUGGCCUGGAAGAGGAAGCAUGCAGGCUAGAACAGAACAGAGCGACUUCUAAUGAAAUGUACAUGUGUUAUUGUGUUCAAUGACUGUUUAGAUCGAAAAAAAACAUUAAAACAUAUCAGGCAUUACUUUCAUUUGGAUGAUAUUUUAUUUAAAUGUUUGAACGAGUGUAUUAUUGAGACAGAUGCGUUUUUAUUACCACAAAUUAUCGGAAAUAACAAAAAAAUUACUAAUAAAAAUGCACUUGUAUAUAAACUCAUUAAUUUGAAAACUCAACGAGUGGAGGAAAAACAACUAAAUUACACAUUCCUUUUAUUUAGAGCCUAAAAUUACUACAACCUGUUCUUUUUUUAUUUUUAUUUUUUACAAACCUCGUUUUCUUGUACAAACGGAUACAAACAUGUUUUUGUGCUCUUCUGAGCAAAAGGCAUCUUAAGGAUUAA